GAGAGAUGAACAAUCGGGAAGAGAACGCACCCGUCAGGAGCUCUCCAUGAGGAGUCGGGAUUCGCAUCUCCACCAAAGUGCCGCAGCUUCAGCGAGUCGAGUGCGUAGAAAUUCGCAACACCAAACUCACGGCAACACUGGUCCACACACUCUCCUGGCAUCCUGGCCAAUGGCUGAGAGCUCGUGCAACGGACACCAGCAAACAAACAAACAAAAACAAAAAACGGCAAGGACCGCUCCGCAAAAGCAGCUCCGGUGCUCGAUCUUGGCUCGGCAAAUGCUCACGCUGGUCGCAUCGUACGGUUCAGUACGAUACAGGCCGAAAGCGAACGAGGACGUCCCUCCCUCCCGGUGUGGUGUAGUAUCUGUGCGAGCUGUCAGUGCUGUGACCGAGCUGGUUAAAAAAGGUUUCGUCCGUACGGUCGACGGGUGUUGCUCUCGAUUGGCGGCUGUUUGGGAAAUCGACGACGUGUAUCGAUUGAUUAGCCCGCUCGAUGGCUGAGGCACCGUGCGAGUGAAAGUGGUGGUCCGAGUGAUUGUUAAGGCGUGCUGCGUUGUUUGGGUGGUACGAGGCGGAAACGGUACGCCCCACUUUCUCGUGCGUGUGUCUGUGUGUGCGUGCGUGUGUGUGUCUGCUGUAGAAGGGAUACGAGAAAAGAACCAGAGCCUGCAUUAUCUCGAUGCGACCACGUGGUUCCGCAUCGGUACGUCGCCAUUACAGUUUUGUCUAAGCACGAGUGCUAACGAGCCACUUGGGCAGCGGUCCGUGUGCGUGUGUCGUAGUGUACGGUCUUAGUGUUUCUCGUAAGUGGUGACCCAUCGGAAUCGUGUGGCUGUGUGGCAGCUGUGUGCUAGGUGAGCGUAUACCAAGGGCAAGACAAGGCCCCAAGUGGUAACCCUGAUGAAGAAAAUGAUUACACCAUGAUGCCACAGAUGAUGGCGCAGACGAUGGCACCGAUGCUGCUGACGAUGCAGUUUUGUGCAUAAUUUAAGUGAGUACAGCCUCUUCACCGGUGUAAGUGCAUCAAUUCCUCACGACCCCCGUUCCGAGGGCAGCUUUCCCGGGAGCUCUUGUUUGACAUCCACUUGCUCCCGAAAUCCUUCCUUCUGCACCAGUGUACAGGGGUUUGCACCAGCAUGGCUGGCUAGAGGGACGGCUGGAUACGCAAUCGUGAUCGGUCGGUGAGAAGCAGAAUUUAUGGCCGAUUCGUGCCUCGGCUCGCUGCUGAUGGAUUAGUUUCAUUGUGUGCUUCACUGCUCGGUUCACACUGCGUUCGCGUCGGACGGUGCUGAGCAUUCAAUGGACGCAGUAGAACGCAAAAGCUGCCUGUGCUUCGUGAACUUCAACUCGGCAGCUGGAGGUCCUCACCCACCCCACUCCACCAACCGUGUAUUGGUGGUGGUGAUGAGCUGCUUUAAAGUGCGCUGAAGAUUAACGUUUGCGAAAAGGAAACACAGAAGAAAAAUAAAACAACAGUACGCCGAACGCCGUAGUUCAAGUGGCAGACAUCGUUUUCAGCACCUGUCAAGUGGUGUUGUCAAUCAUCAAACUUUCAUCCCUGGAACCCAAUAUCGCUUGCCACGCUUCCGUCCGUCCAAAGCGCCGCUAACAACCCCCAUUCCAUGCCUUCUAGCGUUCAGUGAAAACGAGCUUUUCGUCAUCGAACCACGAACAGCAGCGUAACAACACGGGAAACAACCGACGACUACUUAAUCACUCAACCGAAGACAAGCCUGGCAACGACAAAUUACAAUCGACAUGUUAAUUAACGCCAGCAAAUCGGCAGAAUCAAUUACUUGCUAAGCUCUCGGGAUUGGUCGGCACAGCGUAAGAGAGCACCCGUAGUCUGCAGCUGGUGAAAAACACCGACAGCAGGUAAAACUUUUUCUGGAGUAACGAGCACGGCACCCAUUCCUUCACGAUGGUAUCGGCAACAUAUCAGAACCUAACGCUGGCACUGCUGGUGCUGUGUAUCGUCACCAGCCCGAUAGAGAGUCGAUACCGGGAGAAGGAUGUUAAGAAGGGAAAAUCUUCACCGCCUAUACUACCACAGAUGAUAGUGCCAUCGCCGCUGAUGAACCUGUGUUCGGGCGACCGGGAGAUGAAGCUGGUCUGCCACUGCUCACCAGACGAUCCGCACGUGAAAGCACAGAAAGCAAACUGUUGGAUCUUUAGCAAGGAUUUACCGCGCAAGGACGCUAACUGGCUCGCCUUCCAGACACAGUCCACCCUGGAGCAGCUAAAGAUUACGGUGCAGAAGAUCGGCAACCUGGCGUACAUCCCGUCGGACGUGCUGCACACGCUCAAGUACCUUAAGCAGCUAACGAUCGAGUACGGUGUCAUACCGGACCUGCUGAACUACGCGUUCGGCAAUCUGACCGAGCUGCGUAACGUGACGCUGCACAAGAACCAGAUCCGCAUCGUACAUCCGUUUGCGUUCGCGAACCACCCCUUUCUGGAGGAAAUCAAUCUGGAGCGUAACGAAAUCCUCGAGCUAGACAAGGAAGCGCUCGUGCAUCUGCCAGCGCUGCGGAAGCUCAAUCUGGACUUUAACAAUCUGUCCAUGCUGCACGAGGACGUGUUCAUGUAUCUAACCAGUCUGGACGAGCUGAAGCUCGAAUCGAACCAGAUAUCCGUGCUGACGCGAGAAAUCUUCAAGGGGCUCGGUAACCUACGAAUACUUAAGCUGACGGCCAACAGUCUCUCCUUCAUCGGUGACACAAUCUUUGCCGAGCUGUGGAGUCUCCAGGAGCUGGACUUGGACCACAACCAGAUAGAGAAACUAUCGGCCCGAGCUUUUGACGGGUUGAACAACCUGCGGAAGCUUAAUCUGGAGAACAACCGGUUGAAGCGGCUCGAGCGGGGCAUUUUUACCGGCGUACCGGCCGUCCUUAAUCUCAACCUGAACUCCAAUCAGCUGGAAACGAUUACGUACAACAACUUCCUCCCACUAAUGGACAACCUAGUGAACAGUACGGCCAUUCUUCAUCUCAAAGACAACCGAUUUCUCUGCGACUGUCGGCUACUGUGGCUGUUCGACCUUCGGAACAACACCAAAAACGAGGACCUCCGGUACACGCUGCAGCACGUCGAGUGUUUGUACGACAUCAAAGGCAUCUACGGCACACCCUCGCUGACGCACAACCAGCUGAAAGAGUACGGUCGCAGCCAACCGCCGGAACCCAUCCUGUUCGAUGAGGAGUACUACGACGACACGGGCCACCGAAAGCCGGGCGUAGUGGUGCAGAAAAAGUACAGCUCAAGCCGAUCCGUCCCCGACGGCAGUGGCCAGGACAAAAGUCAACUGCAACCCGUCACCCUGAUGAAGCUCCGGAAGGACACCAUCCUGCCCUGCCCGAAGGAGCUGGACGAGCCGACGGAACUGCCGCUCUCGCGCGAAUCCAUCGGACUCGAUAUGGGCUGGCGAUCGUCUGUCACAGCCACGAGCGAAAGUUCGACCUGCAUCCUUUCGCUGGUACUGGCCGGUAUGUGCACUCUGCUCUCCCUUGCCCGGUACGGGCCAGCCUGUUAGUUUUGGUGGCGACAGCACGCUUACCGAACGGGUCCUCUCGACACACUAUCUUAUGCAGCUGAUCUAAGCCGAGCGGGAGUCGUGUGUGGCUGUGUAUAUACGACUCUGGGUAGACGUUUUGUUUAAACAACAAGAUCUCAAGUUUCAUUGCCCUCGGGCGUUCUAUUGUUUCGAUUGCUAAGAAAGGCGCAUGGGAGCUGGAGUGCGACGCCGCCCACUGGCAACGGAGAGAACUCGUGUAAAUAAUGGUGUUAGAUCAGAGUAGCAAAUCGAUGAUUUGCCUUAGCUAAAUAAAGGUAAUUUAGAUCGAAAACGAAUUUAUACGAUGCCAAGGAUGUUCGGUUGAUUGUGGUCCGGAGGUACCGCAACAAAACGCGGAAGCUACAGCUGAAUGCUUGCAAUCAACAGUGCUCUCAUAGCAUCUUCGGCGAGUGUGCGCACACCAGAAGGAUGGUGAGAUGAGAUGAACAUAUGAACACCUUCACGGUGUUCAUUUGCCUUGUAAAUAAAACCAACUUAUCCCCUCCCGUAUCAGUUCUGGCACCAACAUUGCAACAUUCGAUACGAACUGGUUCCGGUUUCGGGUCCCCGGUAUCGCUCACUUAGACACAAUGUGCACAGGAAACACUUUCACUCGCACGCAAGUAUCGGCUAACACUUACUGAAUGUACAUAGUAGUACUGGUAUGAUAUUACGUCUAAGAACACACUUUGGGCCACCAGCACGGCAACACGUUUCUUGCUCCCAGCACAUCUCGGAAUGGUCUGGCGGUUGUUUCUGUUACUUGAUUAUCAAGCUGUGAGGAAUGAGUAAUUUGUCUAAUUUCUUAUUAUGUUUCCGACUUCAAGAUCAACGCACAACAUUUAACGCCUAAAUUUAUGCAAUGAGUACAGCACUUGCCUCCUUUUUUAUUAUUCCCAUACAUAUUGUAUCACUCAUUUAGUUUGUUUCGUUACUUUAGUAACCUUUUUUGACAGGAAUAACGCUUUCAAGCGAAAAUAGUAAUUUUCCAUUCCAGCUUUAUGAACUCCUCUUGAUUAAUUAAUAAAAACAAAAUUGCUACAAAAAAGGAGGCACACCUCCACCGUCAUCUCCUCCUUCCACCCCGGCAAUGAUGCCCCUUUUUGACGUUUGAUUACCGCUCAAACUUCCCAAUGAGUCUGUUUGACACCUCAUCAGGCAACAGUCGUCAGUUUCACGACCACGUUAACGAGCCCAUUACCCGUCAGCACAACGCCGCGAAACCACGGCGUCACGCAGCAACCACCCAAAUUGACGUUUGUUGCUGCACUGUUGGUAAUCUCGCCCAAGAAGCAGCCAAAAACCAUGUCGCCAGAAUCAUAAUUUACAUGCACUGACGCUCAGCAGCGGAUGAAACAUGAGGCCACCAUUUGUCGCACACUGUGUUUUCCUGUUGGUUGGUGCAGAACAGCGAAACGCACACACAGACACUCGAGCGGGGUCUUUUCUUAGCCAGGAGGCCUCUACUCCUUCCCGCACACGCACACAAUUUCGAUUCUAAAAAUGUGUCGAGCGAGUAAUGGUGGCUGGUGUGCGUCCAUAAAAUGUGCCAAGCGUCUGCCAGGCGCACGGAAACCUCCACCAAGCCAGAAACGUCAGAGACCCGGGUGAAACUGAGCAACCUAAACAUCCGCCAUGGGGUAACAAACGAGCGAAUCCUGCCACUGUGACAGUGUGCGUGUUUGCGAGAAAAAAAGCGGGAGAAGUAACACGAUUUUCAAAAUACCAAAAAAACACCUCCCCGAAACACAAACCCAAAAUGAACAAGAGCAGGGAGAUAAAAAAUGAAAUGUUAAUAAAAUAACGAAGUACGUAAGCAUACAUUUACUGCACCGUAAAAAGUGUAAAAUGGGCAAACAUAAACCAAUGGAGCUCUAGAGCGGGACGCAAAGCGCGCGCGGCACAUGACGCUAUCGAUGCCUGUUACCGAUGGGAAAGGGCUGCUAAAGUUUAUUUUUAUUUCGUUUAUUUUUCCCAGCCAUUUUCUUCCUUUUAUUUUGCUGCCAUCAUGCAUACACACAAACACAGCCUUUGGUACGUAGAAAUCCUGCCACCCGCGAGGUGAAGGUUUUGUCGCCCUAUCCCGUUUCCCGAAUCGUAACGCUUGCCGAAAUGCAGGCGCAACCCAGGCGCCAGGCAGUAGUCGAAGAAGUGUUGCCGCCAUGAGUUCUUUUUUUUUGGUUCAUUUUCUCGACACGUCUUCAAGUCAGUGCUUUUUUUCGUGCUUUGCACCACAUUCACGAUGUUUGGCAUGGGAAAGAAACGAAAAAAGAAGAGUGAAGCAUCCUUCAGUACAAUUACGCUGCUCACUUUUUGUUUCUUUUCUCUCCACCACGUCAGCAAACUGCCGGCAGAAUGUUUGAAAAGUGCGGCAUGAAGCAAGUGGUACGGGUCAGUGGGCGAAAAUGGAGCACCAAAUUAAUAUUUAAUGUACGCGCAGCCCGGCUACCGAAGCCGAAGGAAAUAAAAACCAAACGAAGUUGCGGAAUGUUAAAAACCAACCCAAAAUUGAACAAACUCCUGGCACAGCUAGCGAGUGGUCCUCCGCUCGCCUGCAGAGAUACAUACACGGGGCGCACGCUUGUGCCAGCAUCCCCACAGGAAAUGGGAAGUUGAUUUUCUUCGGCGCGCUUCCGGGAGCUGUUAGGUGAAUCCAAUACCACGAACAGGACGGGAAAUGAGCGAUAAAAACCGAAAUUGAACAGCGACGUCUUCGACGACUCGACUCGAGAAGCCAUCGGGCCGGGGUUCGACCCCGCACAGUGAAGUGCUUGAAGCUCCGCGAAGCCUUCAAACAAGACCCGUUGCAAGAAACUUUAACCAACACGCGCAUACACGUACACUUACCCCCCGCUGAUGUGUGGCUGUGUGGCGUGCCGGUCUGCGCCGGUACCAUCUUCGAGGAGCAUCAUUGCAACAUAAAACUAGCGCACUAGCGCACCCAAUUAGUAGUCGAAUGUAAUCUACGUAAUUGAGUGUAAUCAUGUUACAAAGCUGGUGGGGUGAAACGCAGGAUAGAACUCGAUGCAGUGUACAGCAGCAGUACGGUGGACGUGUUGGGGUUACUUUUUUUCUCUCGCUCUCUGUCUCUCUUUCUCUCCCUCUCUAUCCCUCUUCCUGUUUUUCUCCAAUUCCAAAGGUUCUUUUGAGCACACUUGUUUCCGGGCUGGUGUGAUGGUAGUGCAAAGUUUUUCGCCCCGACCGACUUACGAGCCCGGGGAGGGAUUAGGGCAGAUACUUCGAAAGUUCGCGUAACGAAGAUUUACGAGCUGAGCCACCGCCGGGACGUAUGGGCGCCCGGUAAAAUUAUGCACCGAAGGCCUACGGUCCGUGGGCAGGAUAGCGCCGACAGGGCUGAUGAAUGUGGUUUUAAGAGCAUGGUGACGAACAUAAAGGGAAAGAGACUCGCCUCGCCACAAACACGAUUAGAAGCGGCGCUGUAUUACGAUGUAUCGCGUGCAUCUAGUGUAACGGAGGCAAGAAGAAUUGCAAACAAACCAAACACACACAAAAACUACAAAGCAGCGGGAAGCUGCGUAACACUUGUGCUAGGUAAGUCAUAUACAAGUAAUUGAAAUAUUAAAAAUUAUGCAAACAAAAACCCUCAUCCGGCAUAGCGUAACGAUAAGAGAUACAAAACAAACACACACACAAACACACACAAAAUCCCCAACUAUGGGCAAACGUACAAGCAACAUUUCGUCAUCUGUAAAUACUGUAUAAAUGUGAUUCUAAAUGUGCGAACUUGGAUACUCUAUCACUACACAAGGAAACAACUAAGCCCCCAAACAGCAAACCAAUCGUUUUACAGGCAAUAAAUCACACAUGGAAAUAGGGUAAGAAGCAAAAAGCGUAAAUAAAUCAUGCCCAGCCGUACAGGUAGCCACGAAACGAAUACUGAAAAACUGCAACCACUGUCUGUACCACUCGUGAGCAGAAUCUUAACCGAGCGAUCACUCUAAGAGGAGCACCUUUGAGAGAGGAAAGUGAAAAUAUGAAACUGCAUAAACACAACACAUGGAACAGAAAGCACGAGCCACCCAUGAUAACAUCCAUGAUCCUUGAGAUGAUUGUAUCCUACGACAAAAAAAAAACAUCUGGUGAAGAAUGUUUUAAUUUUGCUUUUGUCAUAAUAUUAUGAAAUUGUUUUACAUUACAACGCACACAAUGCGUUACGAAAAGGAAGAUUAGCGCAUGGUUCGUGUGCGUUGCGAGAUUGGGUGGUCUCGCAAUCCAAGACAAAAAGAUAGGACGGUGCGAAGCAAAAAAUAAAGUAAUUCAAUAGUAUGAGAAAUAUGUAGGAAACAGAGAAACAAAACAAACAAAAAGAAACGAAAGCAGAACGAAGAAGCAACGCAUCCUUGUACCAUUUUUUAUGCUUCAGUGAUGUCCUUAACUCGACUAGGAUUAGUACCGUAUGGAAAGUAAAAAUAAAAGGAACAACAAAUCAUUAUUGACGCGCAAUGCAAAACCAA